UUCCUACGCUAACUUCCCACCGCACCAGAUUCGCGCCGCAACCGCACCGCGCCGCUCUGCGACACACGACCAAUUGCUAGCUCGAACAAAGAAGCUAGCUCCAUCACGUACGAGAGUAGCUAUCUAGGGGAGGUGAAGGGAGAAUCACGGCGGAGGUGUGAGGUCGAUCGAGCCUUGGUAAAAAUCACGGCGCAGGUGGAGACCAUGAUGUUCGAGGGGAUGGAGCGGUCGCAUGGGGGCUACGGCGUGGGCGCCGGGGUGGUGCUGUCGCGGGACCCCAAGCCCCGCCUGCGGUGGACGCCCGACCUGCACGAGCGCUUCGUCGAGGCCGUCACCAAGCUCGGCGGGCCAGACAAGGCGACGCCCAAGUCGGUGCUGAGACUGAUGGGCAUGAAAGGGCUCACGUUGUACCACCUAAAGAGCCAUCUUCAGAAAUACAGGAUGGGAAAGCAGAGCAAGAAAGAUACAGGCUUUGAGACCAGCAGAGAAGCGUUCGCUGCACACGGUAUCAGUUUUGCCUCCGCAGUGCCUCCAAACGUUCCGUCUGCUGGAAACAACAAUAUGGGAGAAACACCACUCGCGGAUGCACUAAGGUACCAAAUCGAAGUCCAGAGGAAGCUGCAUGAACAGCUUGAGGUUCAGAAGAAGCUGCAAAUGCGCAUCGAGGCCCAAGGAAAAUACCUGCAAACGAUACUAGAGAAGGCCCAAAAGAACCUCUCUUACGAUGCGAGUGGAGCUACAAACCUAGAAACAACCAGAUCUCAGCUCACAGACUUCAACCUAGCUCUCUCAGGGUUCAUGGACGACGCGACGCAAGCGUGCGAACAGAACAGUGGAGACUUCGCAAAAGCCAUAUCUGAAGAAAACCAUAGAACAAGCAAUCUAGGCUUUCAGCUCUACCAUGGAGUUCAGGACGGUGAGGAUGUGAAAUGCACCUCAGACGAGGAUCAGCUCCUGCUAGAUUUGAACAUCAAAGGAGGAUAUAAUCAUCGUCUAUCUUCCCAUGGCAUGCGGCGCGGUGAGGUCGAUCUUAUGGUCGGGCAGCACAGAAGGUAAAUAUUUCAGUAGAAGGGCCGCCGUAGUUUAAUUCCAGAGUUUCCCUGUGCCGUAUGAGAGAUUCUUUCUUUUGGCAAUCUUCAGGAUGCUUGUUUACAGUGCUGAUCCAACGUGUGCUAAUGUAAAAUCUGUGGAAAUAUCGAGGCUUCAAAUAAAUGUAGCCAAUGGUGAGUGAGAUCUGAUUACACUGUAUACAUACCUAAAAGUAUAAUCGACUAGAACAUAACAUUAUGAAGUGUUGCAACA